CGGCUCAUUUGGGCACGUGGGCUGCGGCUUUCUCUAUUUGACUCCUUGCCAAAACGCUGACCGUUCGCAGAACCUCAACCAGGCCACCAUCGCUUUGAAACGCCGCAUCUUCUCAGCCCCUCCAAAAUUUACACCGCCAUUUUGGUGUACUACUAAUUAUUUUCCUUUUGUAAUUAAUCUCCUAAUAGUAACAAAAAACCUCUCCAUUUUUUUUAAUAUAAGCCACCGUCAUUGACUCCUUGUCUCUCUAUCCAUCAAAAGCUUUUGUCUUUUGAAUCUUAAAGACACAGCCACAACUAAACAUUUUGCAUUUCAUCUGAAGAAAAAGACUCGAACUCUGGUUUUUUUUUUUUUUUUUUUAUCAAGAAUCAGCCAUGAUUUUCGAGAAGAAACCGGUUUCGUCCUCAUCUUCAAAAAAGUUUAAGUCUCCUCUACCAAGAGAAGACACGCCUCUUAUAGGCAAGGCAAAGCCGCUAUCGUCGCAAUCCAAGACCUUUGCCAAUGUUUUCAUAGCCGUAGUUGGUGCUGGCGUUCUGGGUUUGCCUUACGCCCUCAAGAGAACCGGAUGGAUCAUGGGCCUGCUCAUGCUUUUCUCUGUUGCUGGCUUGACCACCCACUGUAUGAUGCUUUUGGUUUGCACCCGCCGGAAGCUCGAGUCUUUUGACAAUGGUUUUGCCAAAAUAACUUCUUUUGGCGAUCUGGGUUUCGCUGUUUGUGGCACAGUUGGCAGGUUUGUUGUCGAUGUACUUAUUAUUCUCUCUCAAGCUGGAUUUUGUGUUGGGUAUCUUAUAUUCAUUGCCAACACUCUAACCAAUCUUUUUAACAAUGAAAUAUCCAUGACUUCAAGCUUAAGUUCGGGGAUGUCCAGUUUUACAGCAAAGAGUUUGUAUAUAUGGGGAUGUUUUCCAUUUCAAUUGGGGUUGAAUUCAAUUGCAACAUUAACCCAUUUAGCUCCGUUGAGUAUUUUUGCUGAUGUGGUCGAUCUUGGGGCAAUGGGAGUGGUGUUGUUUGAAGAUGUUUCGCUUAUCUUGAAGCAAAGGCAUGAGGUUAUGGCUUUUGGGGGUCUCUCUGUGUUCUUUUAUGGCAUGGGUGUGGCUGUUUAUGCAUUUGAAGGGACUGGUAUGGUUUUGCCUCUAGAAUCUGAGAUGAAGGACACCUCUAAAUUUGGCAAAAUAUUGGCACUGAGCAUGGGUUUGAUUUCUUUAAUUUAUGGAGGAUUUGGUGCACUUGGUUAUUUUGCUUUUGGUGCAGAAACCAAUGAUAUCAUUACUGCUAAUUUGGGGGCAGGCUUGGUCAGCACUUUGGUUCAGCUAGGUCUUUGCAUUAACUUAUUUUUCUCUUUCCCAUUGAUGAUGAAUCCAGUCUAUGAGAUCAUAGAGAGGCGAUUUUGGGGAGGGAGUUACUGUUUGUGGCUGAGAUGGCUGCUGGUUUUGAUUGUAAGUUUGGUAGCCUUGUUCGUACCAAAUUUCGCCGAUUUCUUGUCCUUGGUUGGAAGCAGUGUGUGCUGUGGUUUGGGGUUUGUAUUGCCUGCUCUGUUUCAUUUGUUGGUGUUCAAGGAAGAGCUGGGGUGGAAGGGAUGGACUUUGGAUGUUGGAAUUGUGACCUUGGGCCUUGUUCUUGGAGUUUCAGGAACUUGGUAUGCACUGAUGGAGAUUUUAUCCAUCAAGGUAUAGAUGUACAGUGUUGCAAUUAAGGUGAGUUGUGAUCUGCUCCAUUUUCAGCUGUUUAUUUUUUGAAUCUUAUUUGUAAAGUCCGAUUAUAAUCUUUAGGUAAGAAAUUACCUCAUGAUGCCAAUUGCACCCAUAGAAUAAAGCAGAUACAUCCAUCAUAACUCAUAAGUUAUGACCAAAAUUAAUGCCAUAUAUAUACUAGAAGCUGCCCAUGCUUUGCAGCGGAUCUAGAGUCAUGCAGUGCAUUAGUUUGAAUAUCAAAGUUUUUAGCAGAGAUUUUUUACUUGUCCUCUUAAUAAAGACAUAGAAGAUUAAAUUAAUCUUGUUGACAGCAUAAUUUUCUUGUGUUUUAUGAUUUUGGUGACAAAGAGCCUUCAGGAAGAGGUGAGUGAUGGAUUAUACAAGCUCCUUUACAUGUCCUAAUUUUUGCAUGUGAAAGUGAAAAUUGUUGAUGUAAAACAGCUAAGGCCAAAAUUUGUAGAAAAGUUUGUUUGAUGUGGACGAAGAGCUUUAACAGUUAGUAGUGGUAAAAAGAUAAAAAAAUUUCAACCAAAUACCACACACAACAUAAAAUGUGCCGAAAAAAUCCUCAAAAUAAACUAAACAAUCACAAGACAACACCACAUAAGUGCAGGAAACAAUCACGAUGCUCUGAAAAUUACGAUCAAGCUAGAAACAUUUCUGUUCUAUCAACUCUUACUUUAGCCAGAUAAUCAACAGAUCCAUUUGUUUCUCUAAAAAUUUGACAGCAUAAGAAUCAGCUAGUCAUUCAAUUUGAGACAAAAUCUACCAAAGUUAUAAAGAUCCAGACUCCUUAUUAAUACACCAUUUUAAUAUCACAUAAGAGAUGGAUUCAAUAAUUAAGUUGCCACCAAACAUAUUUUCGAGAACCCACAAAGAUCUCCAGAGCAACUUUAACGACAAUUAACUCAUCUUUAUUGGAAUCUCGAAUUUUUAAGAAACUCCAAAUCAAGAUUAAAUUUCAAGACACCAGACUCAUGAGAACA